UUUAGCAGGCACCCAUGGUAGGAACUUAGAGAACUCAGCUACGGCUCUGGUUAGAAUGCCAUCGGUCAGUGAGACUUUCUCCUAAACUCUGGGAUGUCUGCAGCAUGAACUACUGUCACCAGCCCGCACUAACUUGUGGUGACGGUGGCGUGAGUGCGGCCUGUCGGCUGCCUGUUUAGACCAUCCAGGCACUCAGAGGGGCCCUGAGUCACUGGCCCCAGGCUCCACAACAUGUCCAGGGCACAGAUCUCCGCUCUGGUGUUUGGGGUUGGAGGGUUUGGAGCACUGGUGGCUGCCACCACAUCCAAUGAGUGGAAAGUCACCACCAGAGCAUCCUCGGUGAUCACAGCCACUUGGGUGUACCAGGGACUGUGGAUGAACUGCGCAGGAAACGCACUGGGCUCCUUCCACUGCCGGCCACACUUCACUAUCUUCAAGGUGGAAGGUUACAUCCAGGCCUGCCGAGGACUCAUGAUCGCUGCCGUCAGCCUGGGCUUUUUUGGCUCCAUAUUUGCCCUGUUUGGAAUGAAGUGUACGAAAGUCGGAGGCUCCGACAAAGCCAAAGCCAAAAUCGCUUGUCUGGCUGGGAUUGUUUUCAUCCUUUCAGGGCUCUGCUCCAUGACUGGUUGUUCCCUUUACGCUAACAAGAUCACCACGGAGUUCUUCGACCCUCUCUUCGUCGAACAAAAGUACGAAUUAGGGGCAGCCCUGUUCAUUGGAUGGGCAGGAGCCUCGCUCUGUAUCAUUGGUGGUGCCAUCUUUUGCUUUUCAAUAACCGACAACCACAAAACACCCAGAAUGGCGUACGCUUACAAUGGAGCCACUUCAGUCAUGUCUUCCCGGAUAAAGUAUCAGGGCAGCGGUGGCGGUGCUGGCGGUGGCGGCGUCGGUGACUUUAAAACCACAAGCCCAUCCAAACAGUUUGACAAAAAUGCUUAUGUCUGAAAGAGCACUGGCAGUUGCAAAAACAAAAAACAAAAGCUGCAUCUCGAGAUCUUGAGUUGCUUCUGGAAAUGAACUGUUCCCCGAUGGCCCCAUCCAGGGCCCUCCUAGAAUUAACACAUGGAAGCGUAUCUAAGAUCAGGAUUGGGAGAAGUCCUUGAUUAUGUGGAUGUCCCUGUUCUUACACAGUUAUGUGCUAA